UAAAAACAAUAUGGCCGACAGUGUCAUUCCGGGGACGUCGUGAUCGUAACGUGAAAUAAUGAAUUUUGUAAUUCUAGAAUAUGGGUGAAUAUGUGCAGUAAACUUCUUUACUAUCGUGAAAAAAGUGUUGUGUUUUGAUUCUAUUUGUGUAAUUUGUGUGCAAAAUGGCGUCGGAUAAGAUAAAAGUCGCGGUUCGUGUUCGUCCUUUUAACAGGCGAGAACUCGAACUCGGCACACAAUGCGUGGUGGAAAUGGAAAAUCAGCAGACCGUCUUACAAUAUCCAGUCUCGUCACACGAAAAAGAAAGAAAACAACCAAAGACCUUCGCGUUUGAUCACUGUUUCUACUCGUUGGACCCGGCGUUACCGCACUUUGCCUCACAGAAAACAGUUUUCGAAUGUCUUGGAAGAGACAUUUUGGACAAUGCAUUCGAUGGAUACAAUGCUUGUAUCUUUGCGUAUGGACAAACAGGUUCAGGAAAAUCAUACACUAUGAUGGGCUCCCCGGGGGCUGACGAAGGCGGCAUCAUUCCUCGGCUUUGCGACGCCCUCUUUGAGAGGAUAGCUGUACAACAGACACCGCCCACUCUCACGUACAAGGUGGAAGUAUCAUACAUGGAGAUAUAUAACGAGCGGGUGCAUGAUCUCCUAGAUCCGGAGACCACGCGGAGGUCGCUACGAGUACGAGAGCAUGCUGUCCUCGGUCCAUACGUUGACGGGCUCUCGUUGUUGGCCGUUUCCUCGUUUAAGGAUAUCGACAAUUUAAUGACGGAAGGUAAUAAGUCUCGAACAGUGGCAGCUACGAACAUGAACAGUGAGUCUUCACGAUCCCACGCCGUGUUCAGCGUUGUUCUGACUCAGACUCUAUGUGAUGCUGCUACCGGUGUCACCGGGGAGAAGGUUGCCAGAUUAUCCCUAGUGGAUCUAGCCGGAUCAGAGAGGGCCGUGAAGACUGGUGCUGUUGGAGACAGGCUCAAGGAAGGAUCUAAUAUCAACAAAUCUCUGACUACCCUGGGUCUCGUCAUUUCAAAGUUGGCUGAUCAAUCGUCGGGCAAAACGAAUAAGGACAAAUUCGUACCGUACCGAGACUCCGUACUGACUUGGUUGCUGAAAGACAACCUCGGCGGCAACAGUAAAACUGUUAUGGUGGCAACGAUAUCUCCAGCGGCCGACAAUUACGAAGAAACGCUGUCGACCCUGAGGUACGCGGACCGAGCCAAGCGCAUCGUGAACCACGCUGUGGUCAACGAGGAUCCCAACGCUCGCAUUAUCAGGGAGCUCCGACAGGAGGUCGAAGCACUCAAGGAGAUGCUCAAAUACGCAACUGAAACCGAGGAGGCGAUUCGAGGAUCUGAUGGCGUUGUCUUGUCGCUGUUCCAGGGAUCACCCGUCGGAGAAGACGUCCAUGAACAGCUCGCGCAAAGCGAACAUCUGAUGAAAGAGAUGUCGCGGACCUGGGAGGAGAAGCUGGUCGAAACUGAACGAAUACAAGGCGAACGUCAACACGCUUUGGAGAAGAUGGGGAUCAGCGUGCAAGCGAGCGGCAUUAAAGUGGAGAAGAACAAAUAUUACCUCGUCAAUUUGAACGCGGAUCCGUCGCUUAAUGAACUACUGGUCUACUAUUUAAAGGAGAGGACCCUCGUGGGCGCGGACAGCUCGGCCGACAUCCAGCUGUCUGGGCUGGGCAUACAGCCGCAGCACUGCCUGCUGCUGGUGGAGGGCGGCGGGCUGCACAUGGAGCCGGUGGGCGCCGCGCGCUGCUUCGUCAACGGCACGCCCGUCGUGUCGCGCGUGCGCCUCGGACACGCCGACCGGAUCCUGUGGGGGAACCACCACUUCUUCAGGGCUAACUGCCCGAAGAAAGCGACCGGGGCCUCGGCCGGCGCGUCCGAGCCGCAGACGCCGGCGCAGCAGAUCGACUACAACUUCGCUCGAGACGAGAUCAUGCUCAACGAGCUCAGCAACGACCCCAUCCAGACGGCCAUCUCGCGCCUCGAGCGCCAGCACGAGGAGGACAAGCAAGUGGCCUUAGAGAAACAACGGCAGGAAUACGAAAGGCAAUUUCAGCAGCUCAGGAAUAUACUGUCUCCGUCAACCCCGUACCCGCCCUACUCCUACGAUCCGCUCAAAUUAGGCAAGCUGACGGCGUGCACGCCCACCACGGCGGCGCGCGUGGAGCGCUGGGCGGCCGAGAGGGACGACACCUUCAAGCGCUCCCUGGGGCGCCUUAAGGCGGACAUCCUGCGAGCCAACGCACUGGUGCAGGAGGCCAAUUUCCUGGCCGAGGAGAUGCGCAGGAACACCCGCUUCAGCGUCACCCUGCAGAUACCGCCGCAGAACCUCAGCCCCAAUCGCAAGAUGGACGAAGACGGCCGACUGUGUCGGGGCGGGCGCGGGGCUUUCGUGUCUGAGCCUGCUAUAAUGGUGAAGCGGCCAGGUCGGGGCGGCCAAGUGUGGUCAAUGGAGAAACUCGAUAACAAAUUGGUCGACAUGAGAGAAAUGUAUGACGAGUGGCGACGUCGACAACAACGAGGCGAGGAAGAACUGGAGGAGAUUCAAACUGAGAAGACUGUGGAUCCCUUCUACGAGUCUCAAGAGAACCAUAAUUUGAUCGGCGUUGCCAACGUGUUCCUCGAGGCGUUAUUCCAUGACGUCACUCUCGACUAUCACACCCCCAUCAUCAGCCAACAGGGAGAAGUGGCUGGAAGGUUACAAGUGGAGAUAAGUCGCGUGGCAGGUCAAUUUCCCCAAGAUCGCAUCUGUGAAGCUGCAUCAGAUAGCUCCGGUGACAUGAGAGAUGAUGAUGAACCCGUUGAUCCUGCGUCACAACAGGUGACGAUCCGCGUCGUAAUAAAACAGGCGAGCGGGCUGCCGCCGUCUCUGUCGCACUUCGUGUUCUGUCAGUACUCGGUGUGGGGGGGAGGGGAGGCCGUGGUGGUGCCGCCCGCAGUGUGCGCCGAGCCGCGCCCCGCGCCGCACGUCACGCAUCGCUUCGAUCACGCCAGGGACUUCACUGUGCCGCUUACCGAGGAAUUCAUCGAGCAUUGUGCAGAGGGUGCUCUGUCGAUCGAAGUGUGGGGCCACCGGUCGGCCGGGUUCAGUCGCGCGCGCGGCAACUGGGAGGUGGAGCAGCAGCAGCUGGCGCAGGCGCGCUCGCUGGCCGACCGCUGGGCCGAGCUCUCCAGGAAGAUCCAGCUCUGGGUGCAGAUACACGAGCUCAACGAGCAGGGAGAAUACGCGCCGGUCGAGGUGGUGGCGCGCGGCGACAUGCUGACGGGCGGCGUGUACCAGCUGCGUCAGGGUCAGCAGCGGCGGAUCGCAGUGCGCGUGAAGCCCGCACAGAACUCGGGGACGCUGCCGAUCAUAUGUCAGCACAUUGUCAGCGUCGAGGUGGGCUCGGUCACGGUCAGAUCCCGCUUACAAAAACCUUUGGAUUCAUAUCAGGAAGAGGACCUGGCCACGCUGCGGGAACGUUGGAGCGACGCUCUGGCCCGGCGCAGACAACACUUGCACGCACAGCUACAGAAAUUGGUAAACAUGUCGCCUUCGAUGAAGAGUGAACGCGACAUGGAACGCGAACAGUCUCUAGUCGAGCAGUGGGUGUCGCUCACCGAAGAGCGGAAUGCAGUUCUAGUCCCGAGUCCUGGCAGCCCCAUCCCGGGCGCUCCGGCCGCCUGGACGCCUCCGCCCGGCAUGGAGCAACACAUCCCCGUGCUGUUCCUUGAUCUCAACGCUGACGACCUGACCACGCACCCGAGCGGCGAGGAGGUGAGCAUGGCGGGGCUGAACUCCAUCCUCCCCAAGGAGCUCGGCCACAAGUUCUACGAGCUGCAGAUCCUGCACCACCACGACAAGGACGUCUCCGCCAUCGCGUCCUGGGACUCCUCCAUACACGACUCGCAGUACCUCAACAGGGUCACUGAAGCCAACGAACGCGUGUACCUGAUACUAAAGACGACGGUGCGCCUCUCCCACCCGGCCCCCAUGGAUCUCAUACUCAGGAAACGAUUAGGUCUAAACAUUUACAAACGACAGAGCCUCACCGACAGGAUACGGAAGAAAAUUGUCAGAACCGAUCAGCUAACCCAGACCGGUGUUAUGUACGAGGUCGUGUCGAACAUACCGAAGGCCUCCGAAGAGUUGGAAGAGCGCGAGAGUCUGGCGCAGAUCGCGGCCACCGGCGAGGAGGCCAGCGCCGCCGACGGAGAAACCUACAUCGAGAAGUACACCCGUGGAGUGAGUGCCGUGGAGAGCAUCCUGACGCUGGACCGGCUCCGCCAGAGCGUGGCCGUCAAGGAACUGGAGCAGGCGCGAGGACAGCCCAUCAUCAUGAGGAAGACGGCUUCCGUGCCCAACUUCUCACAGAUAAUGCGCUUGGAUUCGUCGUUCGAGUCGCUGACGGGGCUCGGGUCGGCGCGGUCGGGCAGCGUGGCGGACCUGGCGGACGAGAGCCCGCGGCGCGCGGCGCACCGGCACGCCGACCCCGACGCGCCGACGCCCACCAAGCCGUUCGGGCUCGGCUCGUUCCUAUCAGCGCGGCCAACAUUCCUAAACUUGAAUUUGAACCUGAACUCACUGCGACUGCAGACGCCGAACAAGUCAGCAUCACCGGCCAGCGGCAAGCUUGGGUUACGCAUGACGACGCUGCACGAGGAGCCGGGCAGGAGGAACGACGAGGACUCUCAUUCCGAACCGGAAUCAGCUCCUUUGGAUGAACUCACCACGCCUCGAUCAUCGCGCACGCGGUCUCGCGCGUCGUCCCGCGGCUUCCUGCCGACGUCGAAGACCCUCGACUCUCUGCACGAGCUGGCCUGCGAGCGAGCGCCCAACAAGAACUCUCCGUCCAUAUCGUCCAGUGGCUACGGUUCACAAGCGGUGUCAUCCACCAAUCUAACAAACGACGACACUCUGUCCAUCCGGAGCAUGUCUGUCGAUGACACUCCAGACUUUGACAAAUCCAUGGAUUACACAAACUUGAGCCGAACGAAGAACUCUAUGGUCGGACUUCGCAAUGAGAUCACCGAGCUCAGAAACGACAUAAAUGAUCUAAAAAACGACAUAGUCGAGUCCAAGAAUGAACUCGAAGAUGCGACUUUUGCCAAGACUCCAGUGCUGACUCCCGGCUCGAGGAACCGGAUCAAUCCGUUCCUGAGGGAUUGCGAGGAUGCCGUUAAAGAAGAGAGUAAGGACCAGCUUGUGGAUCCAUUGGGAUCCAUACCAGUUGAGAACGCAGUGCUGUCUAGUCAAACGAAGAGCCCAGAACCGGUACAAGUCAACGGUGAAGUGUCUCAUGAUAAUUCUUUCGGUGAAGCAGAAACAGAGUCUGUGAGCUCGGAGCCGUCGAGUCACGAAGCGGAGCGGAGCCGCGAGGCGUCGUCGGUGGGGGAGAGCGACUCGGCCUCGCUGGGCGCGGACGGCCCCGUGGUGAAGCCGCAGCUGCCCGCCGGCAAGCUGGUGCGGCGCCGCACGGGGGGCGGGCGGGCGGCGCGCGGGCCCGCCCUGCGCCCGCGCUCCAUGCACGAGACCUCGUCCGCCUCCAUGCUGUCUAGCUCGCCGGCUUCCUCUACGGAAAGAAUUGGAGAGGACGACACGUCGGAGGGCACGAUCCAGCCGUGGAUGACGGUGGGUGAGAGCGUCCAGCUCCGCCUGAGCACAAGCACCGGCCUCAUCGCGUACACCGGGCCCACGCACUUCGCGCCCGGCACCUGGGUCGGGGUGCAACUCGACGCUCCAACGGGCAAAAACGACGGUUCGGUGGGCGGCACCCGGUACUUCGAGUGUCGGCCGCGGCACGGCAUCUUCGUGCGCCCCGACAAGCUGGUGCAGGACCGCCGCGGCCGCUCCGCGCGCCAGUACGCGCACCUCGCCCGCGCCUCCAGCAAGGGGGAAGGCCUACAUAACCUGCACAGGUCAAGGAGUCGCGGCGACAGUAUAAACACAAUCGGUAAAACCAGAAGCAAAUAGACAAACGCAUGUACAUUCCGACGGCACGUACGUACACGUGUACGUACGUGAUUGCGUACAUUCCCCGUUCUACGUACAUACAAUCACGCAGCUCCCGUUAGCGACGACGCAAUGGAAAUUGGACCGAAUUUAAUUGGUAGUAACGUCCAAAAUCGCACAGUAAACGAUACAUGAGCGUUCUGUACCAUAUGUAUUAACGUCAACCAAUCCGAACUUGCUGCAGUGUUCUGCGUCAUCUGAGAGCGCUUUCUCGUUGGUUGAUGUGAGUUUGCAGAAAUAAACAUUCAUGUGUCGAUGUUAUUGUAAGUUUUGUAUAAUAUUAGACAUUUGUGUUGCUGUUUCGUAAUGCGUAUGGUGCUUUUAUGUAUUGUAGACGUUUCCAUUAACUUCUGUUAUUAUUUAAGCUUUCUUAAACAGUUGGUACAGUUUGAACUUAGUACUUUAAAUUAUUUUGUUGAGUACUUGUUAACUUAGUUAAAUUACUUGACUUAGUUAAAUUAUUAAGUUCACAUUUAAUUUAUUAUCGAUCAUGUUUAUCUAUAUAUUGUGAUGUUUUAUUAUUAAGAAGCCAGUACUUUUACGUUUACCGCUUUAUGCGUGUUUUUAUCAUGAUGUUAGGAGAAACGAGAAGAUCUCACUUUUAUUGACUUGUUCAAUAAAUCGUUCGAGAUUCGUCUGUCAUGUUUCCGGAAUGUUCGCGAAUGUUGGACUAAACAAAAUAUAUUUGACAUAUUCUUUGUAUAAUUUGCGAUGUAUUUUUUUUUUUAUGUUUGUAAAUAAAUAUGGAAUAAGUAAACAUCCAUUCUAUUAUCGUGAUUGUUUUUUUAUCGGUCGCAGUGUAAAUAUAUGGAAUUAUUUGUGUGUGUGUAUAUUAUUUAUUUAUUUUAUUGAUAAUUUAGAAUUUAUUUGAAUUAAUGUGAUCAAUCAUUUUUAAUAGUAUAAUAUAAUUUUGGUGACAUUGUAUAAAACAUUAUGAAUUGUAUAGAUUUUUUUAUGUAAUUCGUUUUAUGUAUUUUUAGCUCAUUGACCAUACGUAUUUAAUUAUGUAAACAAAAAUUAUAUUUGCAUAAUAAUUAUGCAUUAAUAUUAAACGCUAAGUAGGUUUUUGAAUAUGCGAAAUUUUUGCUAUAAAUCUAUUUAGAGGCCUAAAUUACGAGGCGAUAAUUGAUUUGAUUGGUAUUUAAGUCACGGAGAAGUUUGAACUUGCUCGUUUUACAGUAUAACUUUUCACAUUAAGGCAUCGUACAAUGUGUUGUGGAAUUGUGUGAAAUUGAAAAAAAUUUCGUAAUUUUGCAGCCGAUAAGAUUAUUCGGUGACCGAAAAACAGUACAUCAAAGUGAUGUUCGUACGUGUUUAUAAUGUAAACUAUUAUCCACUCGAAUUAUAUGAAAACGUGCAACAGUCAAAUCAACGUAUCAGCCUUGUAUCAGUAUCUUUAAAAAAAAAACUGCUCAGUACCAUUCUGUAUAGGAUAAUUAACCGCAAUUGCCGAUCUUGGAUUGUGAUAGUCUCUUGCCACGCAAAAGUAGAAAGUUUCUAAAAGUUUUUGUUUGUUUUUUAAUUAUUAAAUAAUAAUUUUGACGCCCGCUUUACGCCCGAUCUUUUGUGAAUGUAGUCGAAAUCGUCCAAUGACAAAUCUUCGUCCUAAUAAAAGACUUUAGUACUUAGUACAGAGAGUGUCGUGAUGAAACUCUGACAGCCGUAGCGUCACCAUCUGCGGUGCAAGCGAUAAGCGAACUACCUUGAUGUACUUAAAUCAUUCAUCAUCCGAAUGACGUCUCUGAUUAAUGUGGUGUGCUCUACUCUUAAUAGAAGCGUUUAAAACAACGAAUAUGGUAUAUUUAAAUUGUUAAUAAUUGUGUUUCGUUUUAUCGCUUGCACCACACAAUAAUAUCGAUUAGGUUGUGUAGUUAUAUUCGGAAUCGUGUAAAUGUUUUUAGUCGUUCUGUAAAUUAUAUUUAAACGAAAUUGUCCUCGAUUCAUUAUCUCCAUCCAUGUUCGAACAAUAAAUGAGAAUUUCUAUCUGUAAUGUAGUGAAUGUACGACCUUUUUCUUUUGUUUUAAUGUACGGAAGGGUUCGAGUGAACGUGCCCUUCCGACGCUUCUGUGUUAAGGAGUGUUCGCAUCUCUCUCUACAAAAGCGACUUUAGACUUUAGCUCACCUAACGUAUAUUCCCUCCUUAUUAGUCGGAUUAAGUACACAAAACGUAUAGUUUAAAACGCCUCGUUGUUUCUAGCAUAAGUGACACUUAAUGGAUAUUUAGCCAUUCACUUGCCUCGUUUCAUUCAAUGUAUAUUAACAUUUAAGUUAUUAGUAAUAGAAUAAACAUGAGAUAUCAUGCUGUUUCGAAUUGUUCGCUCCAAGAUUUUUGGUCAAUGUCUUGGUGUUGUUCAGGCUACUUACUGACCAACCGCGUUCGUCUUAAAAUGUUUCUUUGAUUGAAGUCAUAAAUAACAGUAGGUAUGUAUGAAAAUCAAGUUUGAUAAAAAUUAAAAUUUUUAGACUUUCAUAAAACUAAAAACAUUUAAAAUAUUCUGCGACUUUUAUUCUGAGUGUUGACUGCCGUUACAAACGUCACACGUUUCCUAAGUAACAAUUUUAAAAUAAAUUUUUAAAUAAAUAUAUCGUCGUAUGCUUUUAUUAGACUGUUGUACUUAAAACAUUCCAUUUUAAUAAUUGUUUUAAUUUAUUUUAACAAUUAAUUAGUAAAAAGCAGUACGUUUUAGUGAACUUUCGAUUAAUUUAGAUGAAAAUAAUGUUAUAAUGACUUAAUUUUGCAUUUUAUAAAGCUUUUUUUUUUAAAGUAAAUUUAUAGACCGGUGUUGUAUUAAAAUAUUUUUGGCCCUAACUAGGAAAGCUCAAUGUGUAGUCGAAUUUUAAAAUCAAUUAAAAACGUAUAUUAUAGAGUGUGUCUUUGAAACUAUCGGUGUGCUUAUGUCCCGUAGAGAUAGAUAAGAAACGAAGAGAAACUUUGAAUGCGAUAAACUCAAUCGAAUGGACAUAUCCAAUUAUUCGUGGUUUUAAAGUACUUUGGUGAUGUCUACAGCACAAGUAGAGUUUAGUGCUAUCGCAUUCGAUACUACAAAGGGCAGGCGAUCAGGUCGGCGGAGUACGCACUAGGGCUCCUAGAUUUAGGCUGAAUAGUGACUUUAAAAGCAGCCUUCCCGUAGGUCGAUAUUUAAUUUAAUAGAAAUUAAGCUGACCAUGUGCUGUGCUUUUGUUUUAAACAAAUAGUUUUUAGGUAAAUGAAAUUAUUUUUUUUUUUUUUUUUUUUGAUUAAUAUUAAUUUUUAAUGAAACGUUUUGAUUUAUUUAAUUGUCGUAUUUAUUGCAGUCGAUUCAUUACACGGAGCUUGUGACGACGUUUAUGUUUCAAUAAAAUUGCGUCAUGUUACUUGUGUAGUCAAUAAGUUUGCCAGAAUGUAAAUUAUAGUCGAUCACAAAUCGAUUCCAAUAUAUUUUGUUUGUGAUAACGCGUAUGUAGGUAGCUACUUGGAUGCAUAGAUAGAUGGUUGCGUUAUAUUCAUUGUACACAUUAAUGCAUAAUAAAGAGAUUUAUUAAAAAAAAUACAUAGUUCACUUCCUUUAGUGGAAAUAUUUUUUGCCAAGUAGCAAUAUUUCAAGUCAACCAUUGCUGUCAUUAUCAAUAAAUGUAUUAUAAAAGUA